CUCUCUGGAGCUGCGGACGUCGUGCGCCUGGAUCAAAAAAGUUCUAGGGGCGCGAGAACGGUAGCCGGACGACUUCAUCACACCAGCCAGGGCUGCCACGCCAGCACAGCGCCCAUCAUGACGGCUUCCAGUAGAGGGAGGCGAGCUCUUCAAAGCGUACUGUCGACCAACGCCGCAGCGAUACCGUCGUCCACCUGCUCUAGAUGCGCACCCGGCCACGCCAGGCCAUGGGGCCGAUUCUACUCUUCUCCUGCCACGGCCGAGACGUCUUCGUCAACUGACCCUGUCCCGCCGCCGCCGCCGCCGCCGCCGCCAGCCUCAUCGACGCGCCACGCGCCUCCCCCCUACGACGUCCGGUCCGGGCUGAUCCUCACGCGGGCACCGCUCCUGACGCGGCGGCUUCAUCCAUUCGAGAAUGCCUUCUUCUUCUAUCAGAAGCGGUUAGAGGAGCGGCUCAACACGCCCUUCAUCACGAGCAUCUACUUCAAGCCCGACACGGCGCGGCGGCUCGACUGGAACAUCAAGGUGCAGGAGCGCCAGGGCACCGUGGCCAAGGAGCUGGGCGUGUACAAGGGCAAGGGCGCCCGCGCCUGGGACGACGAGCUCAAGGUCGGCGACGAGCUGAGCAGCCAGGAGAGCCUGCUCAACAGCCUGCUCAAGGACGCGGAGACGCGCGUCAGCGACGACGCAGAAGUCAUCGCCCCCGAGGAUGUGGUGCCUGUGGAGCGGCCCGCCGAGCGCGAGACGGAGGCGGACCGCACGGGCGACGUGCGCAGGCUGGACCGGAAGCUGGACCGGACCCUAUACCUAGUCGUCAAGGGCGAGGACGGCGCCUGGGGAUUCCCCGCUGACGUGGUGCCCAAGGACGAAAACCUCCACGAUGUACGCAGACCCCCCUUUGCGCUAUUUCGCGUGGUGAACCCCCUCUCUCGAGUGUCACGGGCUCUUGACUAACAUGCUUCUUCUCACACAGACCGCGCAGCGUGUUCUGGACCAGGCCGCGGGCGUUAACAUGAACACGUGGAUCGUCGGCCGCGUGCCCGUCGCCCAUCUGGUGACGGAGCCGACGCUUGGCGACGACGGGUCCGUACAGAGCAGGGGCCACAAGACCUUCUUUCUCAAGGGCCGCAUCAUGGCCGGGCAGGCCAACCUCAAGGGCAACCCCUUUGGCUACACCGACUUCAAGUGGCUGACGCGGGAGGAGCUGCAGAAGGAGCUGGCGCCCGAGUACUUCCGGGGCGUGAGGAACAUGAUGGCAGAACGGUAGAAGGUCCGGCUGGGCUCAAGGUAGUGCGAUGGGCCGGGGUUACUGUAAGACUACUAUUUAGCUACCCUCUGUACACGCCCUUGUAUAAAAAACAUGUCACCG